AUGGAUCCUCGAUUCCCCCGCGCAAAGUCGUCUACGACCAGACCGCCAACACUCAUUGACUCAUUGACGGACGCUCUGGCGCGACGAGAGACCAAGUCCGCCCGUCGCCGGCUCACGGUGCUACCCCAGACGGCCGUGGAUUUCUCCUCCAACGACUUCCUUUCUCUCUCCACAUCUGCCGCCUACCGAGACCGGUACCUGGCUCAUUUAAACCACGCGCCAGCAUCAUAUCCUUUUGCCAGCGGUGGUUCCCGACUGCUGGAUGGCAAUUCAGUCUAUGCGGAGGAAUUGGAGAAGUUCGUGGCUGCCUUUCACGGUGCCCCCACAGCUCUCUUGUUUAACUCUGGCUUCGAUGCCAAUGUCGGGGUCCUCUCCAGUAUUCCCCAGCCGGGUGAUUUGAUUCUUUACGAUGAGCUCAUCCACGCCAGCGCCCAUGAGGGCAUGCGGCUGUCUCGAGCCGGGAGUCGAAAGAUGUUCGCACACAGCUCGCCAUCGAGCUUGAGAGAUGUUCUCGCAUCGCAGAUUGCCGCGGAUAUGGGGGUGAAAGACGGCACGCGCAAUGUUUUCAUUGUUGUCGAGUCGAUCUACAGCAUGGAUGGCGAUGUGGCUCCAAUCAAAGCAUUCGUCAAGGCAGUUGACGAACUCUUGCCUUGUGGCAAUGGAUAUUUCAUUGUCGACGAAGCACACGCAACUGGUGUGGUCGGACCCCGAGGUGCUGGUGUUGUGCAGGAACUCGGUAUUCAGGAUCGCAUGUUCAUCCGAGUGCAUACAUUCGGCAAAGCAUUGGCGAGUCACGGAGCCAUGGUUCUAUGUGGGUCUGAAACGAGAGACUAUUUGAUCAACUACGCCCGGAGUCUGAUCUAUACUACGGCGCUGGGCUUCCCUUUCCUGGCAUCUAUUCGCGCUUCAUACGAGCUUCUAUCUUCAGGAGACACCGAACCCUUACAACGCCGGCUACAACAACUCAUCCAACAUCUCCGACGCCAAUUAGAUGGCUUGCAGGCAGGACCAUCAACCUUCUUCGAAGUGGAUCAUUUCCCAACAUCUCCUAUCUUCUCUUUGCGAACAUCACUGCCCCGACAGCUAGCGGGUUUCUGUCAGCAGCAUGGCUUUGUCGUACGCGCUAUUAUGCCGCCGACGAUUCCGGACGGCAAGGAACGAGUUCGGGUGUGUCUGCAUGCUGGCAAUACCACCGAGGACAUUGAUGGCCUGGUGCGAAUGAUUCAAUUAUGGCUGAACCGGCACCGAGCGACAAGAGUAGCCAAUUUAUAA